AUGUCCGUCAUCUUUGCCGAAUUGUUGCAGAAGGAACUAUGCAGUUCCACAGAUGUUACAAAGUUCAUCGAUUGUGUUUGGCGCAUACUUAUGGAUGAUGACCGGAGCCGAGCCUUAUUGGCACGUAAGAUCGAAUCUACUCACCCAGCUGUAGAUGUCAAAAACUCAGCAUCAACACCGUGUGCGAUUCUCGACAACGGUCCAACACCAGAAGGUGUGAUUACUGGUGGUUCCGCUUCGUGUCCUCCAUCCGAUAGCUUAAGUCACAGUGAUCACGAUUUCCCAUCCGCUUAUGCUAACUCGUCGGCGCAAGUUUGCAUUGAUAAUGAUAAACCAUCUGACUCGAGGUUCCGCGACGGAGCAUCUCGUACAGGCUGCCAAACAUCUGAAGAAGAGACGCCAUGCUACCUCUCUCCUUUGCUCAUAUCUAGUUCUCGGCGUAGACCUCGAACACCCGAUAUUGAAGACGAAGCUGUUACUUACAGCAAUGGACGCACCAAGCGCCGACGAACGAGUGAGGAAGAAGGAGGUGCAAAAGAGGAUUCGUCGGUAGAUGUCUCACAGCUGUCACCCCCACCUCUCCAGCGGAGAUUGCCUGAUCCGGGGAAGAGAAGGAAAGAAACAGCCCCUGUCUUCGGGAUACAGAAAUUUCUCAAGAUUGAGGAGUCGCUCCGACUUAAGGUUUUUAAACAUGCUGAGCUAGAUGGCUUGCAAGAUGCCUGGAAGUUGGUUGAUGCCUUUAGAUCCCAACCCAUCGAACAAGUGCCGCCUAUUCCAUCAUAUUCCCCGGUUAAGAGACUGAAGUGCUCUCUGUAUUAUGUAUCGGAGAAAAAGAGUAGCAGCUUGAUGGUCAGAGCGCAGAUUUGGCGUCGAUUCAAUAUGGUGCAGGUGAUUGCCGAAUAUCGCCGUCAGGAGAAGGAGAAAGAAAACAAGAAACGAACCGAGUCCAUCGUGGAAGACUUCAAAAGAGAGCUUUUCCCAGGGGAGAGUCCAGCAGAAGCAGAAUCGUCUUGGGAUUGCUUCCGUCGAGAAGGAGAUGUCUUAUUCGAGGCCGUACAACGUUAUGGUUAUGGCGCCCUGGUCAUUCCGCUGCAACGGGUAGCUGACGGAAGUUUGCAUGGGAUUUCACGCAAACGUAUUGACGACUUCGUCGACUACAUAGGUAGGUGCAAGCCCGGAUUGGAGGCAAGGAUUCGUAACUUUUCUUACGUCUUGCCAAGAUUGAUGACCUGGGGCUUACCGCCGGAUGGUCUGUGGAUUGAGAAUAUGCGCUAUGAAAAUCUAUCCGUGGAGGGUGAUGAUGUUUUCAAUCGCAUGUUUCCGCUGCCUCCGAAUGUUACAGGAGCGGAGUUGCAGCUGCCAGGUUUGGGCACGGAGAUAACACCUUGGCCCACGCAGGUUGUUACUGGAGACUCGGUCCCUGACGUCGUGACGUAG